AUGGUGGUGGGUGGUGUAUUGGGUGGCCUGGCGUUUGCUAUUUGCGGUUUUUACCAUCACCCUAUAGUCACUGGCGAUACUAAACGCUAUGAAGGUUACUUGCCUUAUAAAAAGGAGUUAGAUGUGCACACAGGGGGCGAAUAUGAGUUGUUAUUACUUGACGAUGGUGAUAAAAGUGCCGCUCACGAGGCAAUUAAGGGUAUGGAUCUUCGUCAAGGAGGAGCCUAUGUGUCCAUUGUUUAUACGGACGACACUGGUAAAUUAGUUGGCGUAACGCACAAUGUUGUCUCGCCGAACACGCUGCAAUACAACAUAAUAGUGGACAUCGGGUGCGGAACUGGAUAUUUGUGCGAACUGUUGGCUCAAUCGGUGAAACACAAGCGUAUUAUUGAGCACAUUCUUAGUAUAGAUAUUGAUCCACAGAUGAUAUCGUACGCCAAUACUAACCACAAAAGUGUCCAAUCAAUCAACUAUUGGCUGCAAGACAUGAGUCAACCCUGGGAUGAGUUAAGUCCGGAGAUACGGGCCCUCGUGUCCAGUGUAUCGCUAAUUGUGUCAAACAUUGCCAUACAAUGGUUUGCCGAUAAGCGUCGGUUCAUGGAUGUUGUGAACAAACUAUUGGCCCCAAAGGGCCACUUUGUUGCCAACUAUGUACUAACACCUGAUAUAAUGGCCCGGGUGUCCGACGACCAGCACAAACAAUAUGACCUCCACUACGAGAUACCGACAAUGGAUGAGCAAAUAAACAUGAUGAAAUUAGCAUGCAUUGACGCCGGGGUAUUUGUUGAAAAAUUGUAUUCAACGAGAAACUUUGACUUUUUCACUAAGCAAGGUAUCGGCGGUCCCAGGCCUUGGCCCGGCGUGGGUAACCUCUGGGAGAUGUAUUUCACCUCGAUGCCCGACUUGGAGUUGAAACGUUACAAAAAAUACGGCAAACUAUACGGUGUAUUUGAAGGCAAUAAACCGAUACUGAGAAUCGGCGACCCGGAGCUCGUCAAACAGAUUAUGGUAAAAGACUUUCACGUGUUUCAAACCCGGCGCCCGGACUCUAACGCUACUCACCCGGUUAGGGAUCUAGUUAUACCUCAGUCCCAAGGUGAAUCGUGGCGGCGCAUGCGCAAUACGGCGACGAUCAGUUUCUCGACGGCCAAACUGCGCCGAACAGCAACCGUAAUAAACCGAUCGGUGGACGGCUUUAUGGCCGCACUCCGUGACAAAUCAUUGCCCAACCGCGUGGUGGACAUGAAGUACUGGUACGCGACGUACGCUAUGGACGUCACAGCCAACUGUAUAAUCGGCGCCACCACUCGGGCCUACACCGACCCCAACGACCCUAUUGUAGUGAACGCGCGCAACACGUUUAAGCCCACGUAUUGGCACUAUUUAGCUUCAAUGCUGUUUUCCAAUUGGUUGUUGAAUGUACUGAAUAUACACUCCGAGCGAAAUGAUAAGUCGAUUAACUUUUUCUGUCAAUUCACGCGAGAAUUGGUCCGUUUGAAGGAAAAGGAGGAAAGAGAGGGCUCGUCAAUGGGCGGCGAGUUUAUCGACUUUAUUAGUGCGCUUCGGAGACGCAAUCGUGUGGACAGACGUCUGGACGCGAGUAAUAGUAGUGAAGGUACAUAA